AUGAUGAUGAGGCUACCCACCUCUACUAGUAGAUCGGCUCUUGGAGUCUGGUGGUUCCUAGUAUUGCUCCCAUGUUCCUUUGGCUUUUUGCCCUACCGAAAUUAUAAUGGAAGCUUUCGGUCCUACCAGUACUAUGCGUCCCAGGAGGUGUCAACAACCACAACAGUUACUGCUGCCACAACUGCUACAGCCAGCGAAUCUGCAACAGAACGAAAUAUGUUUCAUGACUAUGACAAGCCCAUCUUGCUGAUUGGAUCCUCCUCUUCAGGAGAAAAGAAUGAAUUGAACGAACUGGCCAAUGGAUUUCUACAAGAGCACUUUCCGUCGGCGUCCGUGGUGGUACCGUACAAUGGCGACUUGUUGCUGGAAGAAAUUCAUUCCCGAUCGUUUGCGUGGCCCAAUAUUGUCCUGGUCGAUUUUGCCACUUUAGAUGAUUCUGCCAAAGAAAAAGAUGCCAAGGAGACGGUCCAACGUCUCUAUCAAGAUGCCGGACUCUUAUCGAUUUACGUCAAUGUCCAGCACCAAGCGUCGACGGAAUUGGAAGACUCUGUCUUGGUUCCGUACUCGGACUAUGAACUCUGUAUUGCUUCGCAAGAUGAUUCGGAACACAUCCAAUGGGAAUUGACACGGCUGGUAGCCCGGGCGCGAUUGGCCCCCGCCAUUCCCGGCUCCACACAACCCUCCUCGAACACGGCCCACUUGACCAUGGGACAACACACUUUUUUUCUCUCGCUCAGUUUUCCCGAGAUAUCUCAGGUUCAACCGUACGUGAAUCAAAUGUGCAAAGACGUGGAUGCCAUGGAAUAUCGGGCCGAUUUGUUGGACUGUCGCGAUUCUCGCUUUGAGUUGUUGCACGGAAUGCAAUUGUUGCGUCAAUACUGUCGUCCCCAUUUACUGCGAAACCCGGCAUUGCCAUUUUCCGGCAGUGCAAUCCUGGAAGAUGUCAUGCCCAUUGUCUAUACCGUGCGGACGCAACAUCAAGCUGGAACCUAUCCCGAUGACACGGCCAACGGAAUUCCGAAAAUGUUUGAAUUGUUGCACUGGGGAUUGCGCGGCGGCGUCGAAGUCCUCGAUGUUGAAAGUGCCUGGGAUCCCGUCGCCACUAAAGCGCUCUUGGAUACGGCCGAACAACGGUAUGCCAGUCAAAUAUUGGGCAGUCAUCAUGUGGUGGGAACAGAAAUUUCGACGCCCGAAGCCGUUCAACUCUUUCAACAAUGUGCUUUGGACGGAAAAGCUCAUGGGGCCAAGGUCGUAUUAUCGAUUGACUCGGACGACAAGGAUCGCAUGGCCCACGAUGCCGCCAUGAUUGCCACCAGUUUGGCCAAACGCGACGGCAAACCGGUGAUUCCCAAUAUUUCGCUCAUUCUGGGUGACGUGGGACAAUUCUCGCGCAUUAUCAAUCUACCCUUUACACCCGUCACACACGAAUCGUUGCCCUUCAAGGCGGCACCCGGCCAAUUGUCCGCCAAGGAAAUCAUGACGACACGAUUGUUGACCAAAAUUAUCGAACCGCAAAAUUAUUGCAUUUUGGGACAUAAUAUUGCCUACUCGGUCAGUCCGCAAAUGCAGGGGGCGGCAUUUGCCGCCGUCCGAUUGCCGCAUGUUUAUGGACGGGCCGAUGUCGAGACGGUACAAGAAUUUGUCGAAUCCGAUUUCUUUCAGGGAGACAACUUUGGGGGAUGUUCUGUAACGAUCCCGCACAAACAGGCGAUUAUCCCCUAUGUGGAUGUCAUGAGUGAUGCCGCCGAAACGAUUGGAAGCGUCAAUACGCUCAUUGCCAAGUACGAGGUGGGUGAUGAUGACGACGAGAGUGAUGUCAUGAAGCGAGUCAUGUACGGCGACAAUACCGAUUGGAAGGGAAUCUUUAAUCCCUUGGAACGGCAAAUUGGAGUUUCGAGUGGCGGAUGGGCACUGAUUUUGGGAGGUGGUGGGACCGCUCGAGCCGCAGCCUACGCAGCCACCAAACUAGGACUGAACCGAGUGUACUACAACCGCACUCCCUCCAAGGCUGCUGAUUUGGCCGAGUCCUUUGGAGGAACUGUGAUUUCGAGCUUGGACGAGGAAGGAAAAGAGGAUUGCCUGGGAGCAUUGCUUCAAAAAGAAGGAGCCACGAUCAGUGACAUUCGAGUGGUCAUUAGUACGCUUCCCGCGGGAGCCGAGUUUGUAUUGCCCGAGUGGGUGCUGUCGUCUUCCAAACCUGUCAUUUUCGAUGUCAACUACAAGCCGUAUCAUACCAAACUGUUGGAUCAGGCCGAGGCUGCUGGCUGUCCGGUUGUACGAGGAUCGGAAAUGCUGUGGGAGCAAGGUGUGGGUCAGUUCGAGCUCUGGACAGGAAGAACCGCACCGUACGGAGUCAUGAAAUCGGUGGUGUUGGACAACUGUUUGCCCACCAAGGACGAAUAG